GUAUAAUAGAUAAUAAAGAUGGCAUCAUCAGAACAGAGCCAUGUACCAGCUGAGGUAAAAGCUGAGAUAAGCAAGUUAGAGUUACCUCCCUUGAUCCACAGAGAUUUUGUUGAGAUAAGCUCGGACACUGGUGACAUUGUUAGAGUCAUGCAAUGGAAUAUUCUUGCACAAGGUCUUUGUGGAGGUGCAGAUAACUUUAUGAAGUGUCCAAAAGAGGCAUUAGAAUUUGAGUCAAGAAAGUUACGGGUAUUGGAAGAAAUAACAAGAUACUGUCCAACUGUGAUAUGUAUAGAGGAGGUGGAUUUCUACCCAUAUUUGUUUGAAUGUCUGUCUAAACUAGGCUAUGCUGGUGUCUAUAGUGAGAAGCCUGAUUCCCCUUGUUUAUAUCAAACAAAUAACAUAGGUCCUGAUGGUACAGCAAUAUUGUACGACACCUCUAAACUUGUUCUUAGUCAGUCAGAUAGCAAAAUUUUGAAAGAGAAUGGACAGCAGUCGAAUCAUGUUACUGUAAUUGCUCAGUUUCAAACGAAGACGAAGGAUCCGAAGAUAUUUUAUGUGGGGGCUACACACUUAAAGGCAAAACGAGGGUAUGAGGAGAAAAGGAAGUUACAAGGCCAGUACAUAUCAAAUUAUUUGCAAGAAAAUUGUAACGAUGCUCCGGUUAUUUACUGCGGAGAUUUUAAUGCCGAGGCUACUGAACCAGUCUAUUCUGUGAUGAAGUCUUGUUCUAUAGGGCUUAACAGCGCAUACACUUUAUUGAGUAAAAAUAACGAGGAACCAAAGUACACAACAUGGAAAAUUAGACCAAAGGGUGAAGAAUGUCAUACCAUUGAUUAUAUAUGGUAUAGUAAUAAAGGGUUAAAGGUCAAAUCUGUAUUGAAUAUAGCUGUGGAAGAAGAAAUUGGGAAAAAUCGCCUCCCUUCUUUGAAAUACCCGUCAGACCAUUUGUCACUAGUGUGUGAUUUUCUGUUGUUAUAGGCUUUUAGUCCAAUACUGGCUCUAGCUUUAACUGUCUGCUCUGUGAUUAAUAUGUAAUUAUGUCUUAUUUGUAAUUAUAUCUACAAAUAUUGUUUAAAAUAACUGACUAUCAAAAUUAAGUAUAGAAAUUAUACAUAGAUAAUCAUUGUUAAAGGUUCUGUCUUCCUAGAAAUUUUGCAGCUACAAUAUUUCCUGUUUUUCAAAUAUAGCUAGUUUUCACUGAGAAUGUCUUUCCCGCGGUCAAAGAAGCACUUUUUCGUGCCUGUGGUAAUGAACAUAUUAAAUGUUGAUAUAUAACAAUUAUUACAACUAUGUUACUAUGUCUGUUCUAGCUACCUCAUACCUGUAUAAUGCUGAUACAAGUCUAUAGCAUAAGAUUUUGACAAAUGUUUUUCAGAACACUUAAGUCAAACACUUUUACAUUUUCAUUAAUUGCUAAUACUAAUAUAAUUACAUGGUUAAUAUUGUACGUAAAUCAGAAUAAAAUGUUCCGGAACAAAAUAUUCCCCUACUAUUUAAGUUGGUUUAGCGAUUAUAUAACGCAUGUUCCAUUCGCUUUCAUUAAAAUAUAUGGAUAAACUUCUUUUGAUUUACAGUUUUUGUAGCUAUUUUAAUUAUUAUAUAAACAAUAUUUUUGACAUCCAAAACACCAAAGAUAUAGCUUUACACACUUUAAGCAUUUGUUUACAUUACCCAUAGUACAUUAAAUUUUGUACAUCAUAAUGUUAAUCUCGUUGGUUGAAGCUACAUAUGUUCACUACUUACAUGUUAUUAUGUGCAAUUUUGAAGCUACAAUUAUUCACAGGAAUAUGCCACGAAAAGCACUAAUAUAAAAAGAGUGAAAUAAUUCCUAGGAAUACAGAACUUGCUGCAGUUGCUAGAGCAAUAAUUUUUAUUAUGGGUAGUUAAAUCUGAUCUGUCGUAGAACAUAAUGAUAGGUAUUAAAUUUUAGUUAAUAUAAUUGUUAAAUACUGACUUAUAGCAGAAAUGUUGUCAAAUAUAUUUUUCCCUAAACUUAAGGGAAUUGUCGUGGAGGUGGCGGGUGUUCAUAUUAGCUCUUGUUAUGUAUAAUUUAUGUCUAUGUGUUAUACAUACAUACAUUCAAAAAAUCCUGUGACAAUCAUUCCGCUUAAGUUAAAGAUUAUGAUCGAGACAAUAUAAAGAUAUUGUGAAUAUUGUUUAAAUUUUCUAUUAUAUCAGAUUAGAAAAGUCAGAGUUAGCACCCUUGAUUUAGUCAAUAAUUUAAGGCUUCUACAUAUGUAUACAAUAUACACAACUGCUUAAGUAAAUGAAAGAAAGUGAUUAAAAAGUUCAUAAAGCUCUCAAAAUUGGCAGCAAAAGGCCUCAGAUAUAUAUGUAUAUCAUUAUGUAGAGAGAAAGUAAGAGUUUAUCUGUAUUGAUAAUAUAGUGAUAAUUAAGUUCUACUCUAGUCUAAGAUAAUUAUUUUUCUGUUAUAUAUUAGGAAAGUCAUGACAUGUUUAAAUGUAUGAGUUUUGUUUAGUUCUAUACAUUAACAGUAAUUAAGCCAAUGAUCUAAUAUUCUUCAAGUACCAUGACGUUGUAUUUUAUAUAAUUAUUAAAUGUAGUACUUUCAUGAAAAAAAAACAAAAAAGACAUAAACUUUGAACAGACUAUUUCUCAUUAAAAAUUGUAAAUGAAAGUAUUAUGUGACAAAUGAACAAACAACAUUCUUCAUCAGAUAAAUCAUUAUUUGCCAGAUUAACAGUUUAUUGACUAAGAACACCUUAGUUUCAAAAUGUAUAAUAAUACAGCAGAUAAUACAAAAACAAUUGUGGAUUUAAGCCUUACUCAGGUCAUGAUUCAAUAUAAUGUUUGUCUUAUAUGGCACCAGUUGUGCAGGUUAAUAAUACUUUUAGGAAGAUUAUAAGUAACAAGAACUUGUUUCGCUUUCAAGCUAUAAAUAGAAAAAAUCCUGCUUUCACAUGACAAACUGCUGGCGGAAUUUCAACCAAAAUUCAUAGGAGUUAUCAGUACCAUACCUUGAUUUUGGAGAAAUAUGUUUUUGUGACAAAAACCCCUUCUAGUUUCAAUCCAAUUUACAUCUAGAUCACAUGAAUAUUAAUUACGUCGUUUGUUUUCCAUGUCAUUGUAACCAUAUACAUAAUUGAGCUGCGUCACGACAAAACCAACAUAAUGG